AUGGGCGAAAGCAGUUAUAAUGCCGCCGACCUGAAUUCGGUGCUACAAACACUGUCAAGCCUAGCUCCUCAGGCCCAAGCACCAGCCCAUCAGUCUACAUAUCCCACAUCCCUUCCUACUUCGCAAAAGAGGAACUUCUCAAGUACAGAGACACCCACAGCUAAAACACAAGAUCCACGCACACAGGAUCCACGCCAAUUACAUACUAAACCACCCUCGACACGUCCACCCGCCACAUCGGGUCCGGCAUCAUCAACUAUCACCACAUGGCCUACAGCGCUUCGCCAUGUCAUGCGCACCGUGAGCUCAAAUGAGGAAACGCAAUUACGGAUUCGCGGAAUGAUCCGGAGUCAGCAUCACCAUGAGCAGAGCUGGUUUGAUGCUCGUCGGGCACUGAUCAAACAACAAGAAGGACGUCCUCAAAAGCAGCGGGAGCUAGAUGCAGUACUCCGUUCGAUAGGCGCUCCUGUCAAGGAGGAUGAUGGUUCGGCGGAGAAAGAGUUUGCUGCAGAAAUUGCUAAAUACGACCUCAAGGUCCAUGCCGCUGCUGUGAAAAUGGCCGAGGCUCUCUCUGCUGAAUUACGAGCGAUGGAUAUCCCGUUCUUCACGAUACGCAAAGAUCUAGUACAGGAUACCCCCCAGAAAGAAGACUACGAGGACGUCGGUCUACAGCGACAGAAUCAGACGAGUACGCCUGCAGGUUCAUCGCCAAUCACCAAGUCCGAGCUGAUUGCGUUACAAAACCGCAUGCUUGGGUUAUUGGAAGAUCUAUGCAAAGAGUGA